AUGGACGGGCAGGCGGCUCCGGGCGCGGGCGGCGGCGGCGAGGAGCCGCCGGGCUCCGGCAGGAUGAACCCGAAGCGAGGCGGGCGCGCCGCGGAAGAGGAGAGCCGGAACAAGCCCAAGCUGAAUAUUCAAAUAAAAACUUUGGCAGAUGAUGUGCGUGACAGGAUUACAAGCUUCAGGAGAUCAGCAGUGAAAAAAGAGAAGCCUCUUAUUCAGCAUCCUAUUGACUCCCAGCCUUCCAUUAGUGAGAUCCCCCAUGCCCAGGCUCUUGCUGAUGAGCGCUGCAUGAACUUAUCAGAAAAAGAAGUGAUGGAUCUCUUUGAAAAAAUGAUGGAAGACAUGAACCUAAAUGAGGAACGUAAAGCUCCUUUAAGAGAUAAAGACUUGAGCACAAAACGGGAGAUGGUUGUCCAGUACAUUUCUGCAACUGCCAAAUCCAUAGUCGGAAGUAAAGUUCCGGGUGGACUGAAAAACAGCAAACAUGAAUGCACACUGUCCUCACAAGAAUAUAUCCAUGAACUGCGAUCUGGAAUUUCAGAUGAAAAACUUCUUAAUUGCCUGGAGUCUUUGAGAGUGUCUCUAACCAGCAAUCCAGUCAGCUGGGUUAACAAUUUUGGACAUGAAGGGCUUGGGCUUCUGUUGGAUGCAUUGGAAAAGCUUCUGGACAAGAAACAGCAAGAAAGUAUUGAUAAGAAGAAUCAACACAAACUUAUCCAGUGCCUCAGAGCAUUUAUGAACAAUAAAUACGGUUUGCAAAGGAUUUUAGGAGAUCAAAGAGGUCUAUUGCUGUUAUCAAGAGCAAUUGAUCCAAAGCAACCACACAUGAUGACUGAAACAGUGAAAAUACUUUCUGCCAUCUGCAUUGUUGGAGAGGAAAACAUUCUGGACAAGCUUUUAGCUGCUAUAACAACUGCUGCUGAAAGGAACAAUAGGGAAGAACGUUUUUCUCAGAUUGUUGAAGGACUGGAGAACCAUGAAUUCAUACAGCUGCAGAUAGCUUGUAUGCAGCUCAUCAAUGCCCUUGUUACGUCUCCAGAAGAUCUGGAUUUCAGGAUACACUUGAGAAAUGAGUUUUUACGUUGUGGCCUGAAGAAAAUAUUACCUGCCUUGAAAGAUAAGGAAAAUGAUGAGCUUGAUAUUCAGCUGAGAGUGUUUGAUGAGAACAAAGAUGAAGACCACUUUGAACUGUCACACCGUCUCAGUGAUAUCAAAGCUGAAAUGGACGAUGUGAGUGAAGUAUUUCAUCUGCUGUAUAACUUGGUCAAAGACACUUCUUCUGAAAAUUACUUCUUGUCAAUUCUCCAACACUUCCUUCUCAUCAGGAAUGAUUACUAUAUCAGACCUCAGUAUUACAAGAUCAUAGAAGAAUGUGUGUCCCAGAUCGUGUUGCACUGCAGUGGCAUGGACCCAGAUUUUAAAUAUCGGGGAAGGUUGGACGUGAAUUUUACCCAUCUUGUUGAUGCAUGUGUGGACAAAGCUAAAGUAGAAGAGAGUGAAAAGAAAGCAGCAGAAUUUUCCAGAAAGUUUGAUGAAGAGUUCACAGCUCGACAAGAGGCACAAGUGGAGCUUCAGAAACGAGAAGAGAAAAUCAAAGAACUCGAAACAGAAAUCAAACAGCUACAAACCCAGGGUCCAGUCCUGACAGGUCAACUGGCAGAAGGACCAACAUUACCUGCCACCCUGCCAAGCGAGAACGCAUCACCAUCUCCAGCGCCUCCACUGCCUGGUGGAGCAAUUCCGCCUCCUCCUCCGCUGCCUGGGGGAGCAGCAAUUCCUCCUCCUCCUCCGCUGCCUGGGGGAGCAGCAAUUCCUCCUCCGCCUCCCCUACCUGGUGGAGCAGCAAUUCCUCCUCCGCCUCCCCUACCUGGUGGAACAGCAAUUCCUCCUCCUCCUCCCCUUCCUGGGGGAUCAGCAAUUCCUCCUCCUCCUCCCCUUCCUGGGGGAUCAGCAAUUCCUCCUCCUCCUCCCCUCCCUGGUGGAGCAGCAAUUCCUCCUCCUCCUCCACUUCCUGGUGGAGCAGCGAUUCCUCCACCUCCUCCUCUGCCCGGUGGAGCGGUACCUCCACCUCCUCCUCUGCCCGGUGGAGCGGUACCACCACCUCCUCCUCUGCCUGGUGGAGCGGUACCUCCGCCACCUCCACUCCCUGGAGGAGGAGUCCCUCCUCCUCCACCACCGCCUUUUGGUGGGCCUCCAAUGCCACCACCCCUUGGAGGUGUUCCCUUUGCUCCCUUUCCGGUGGCACCAGCGUUACCCCACGGGAUGAAGGAGAAGAAGAAGUAUCAGCUGGAAGUCUCCAUGAAGAGAAUCAACUGGUCAAAGAUUGAGCCUCAAGAGAUAGGAGAAAACAGCUUUUGGGUAAAAGCUGAAGAAGAUAAAUUUGAAAACCCGGAGCUGUUUGCAAAAUUGGCGCUUACCUUUGGAACCCAAAUGAAAGCCAAGAAACCGGUAGAAGAAUCGGAAGAAAAGAAAGCAGCACAGUCAAAGAAAAAGAUCAAAGAAUUAAGAGUUUUGGAUGGAAAAUCCGCACAAAAUUUAUCAAUAUUUUUGGGUUCUUUCCGUUUGCCUUAUGAAGAAAUAAAGAAUAUCAUUUUAGAGGUUGAUGAAGAGAAGCUGAGUGAAUCCUUGAUUCAGAACCUAGUGAAGAAUCUUCCUGAGCAGAAGGAACUCAAUGCCUUAGCUGAAUUAAAGGAUGAAUAUAAUGAUCUUGCUGAGCCAGAACAGUUUGGAGUUGUGAUGAGCUCAGUGAAGAUGCUGCGGCCGCGUCUCAAUGGGAUCCUAUUCCGGCUCAUGUUUGAGGAGCACGUGAACAACAUCAAACCUGACAUCAUGGCAGUGACAAUGGCUUGUGAGGAGCUGAAGAAAAGUGAAAGCUUCAGUAAGCUGUUGGAGUUGGUGCUGUUCCUUGGAAACUACAUGAACUCUGGCUCCAGAAACGCACAAUCCCUUGGCUUCAACAUCAGUUUUCUUUGCAAGAUUCGAGAUACUAAAUCAUCAGAUCAGAAAACAACCUUGUUGCAUUUUCUGGCAGAAAUCUGUGAGGAAAAUUACAGGGACAUCUUAAAAUUUCCAGAUGAAUUACAGCAUGUUGAGAGUGCAAGUAAAGUUUCAGCCCAGACUCUGAAGAGCAACCUUGAUUCCAUGAACCAGCAGAUCCAGCGGCUAGAAAAUGACAUUAAGAAUUUCCCUAAAACACAAGAUGAAAAUGAUAAGUUUGUAGAGAAGAUGAGCAGCUUUGCUGAGAGUGCUCGAGAGCAAUAUGAGAAAUUGUCCAACAUGCACAACAAUAUGACUAAAUUGUAUGAAAAUUUGGGAGAAUACUUUACCUUUGAUCCCAAAGCAAUAAGCAUAGAAGAAUUCUUUGGUGAUCUGAGCAACUUCAGAACUCUAUUUUUGGAGGCAUUAAAAGAAAACAACAAAAGAAGAGAAUUGGAGGAGAAAACGAAGAGAGCCAAACUGGCGAAGGAGAAGGCUGAGCGAGAGAGGCUGGAGCGACAGAAGAAGAAGCAGCAGUUGAUUGAUAUGAACAAAGAGGGUGAUGAGACAGGAGUGAUGGACAGCCUGCUGGAGGCCUUGCAGUCAGGAGCAGCGUUCAGAGAUCGCAGGAAACGAACACCAAGACCACAAGAUAACAAACGAGUAACUUUGGAAAGGUCUCGUUCUCGCCACAAUGGAGCAAUUGCAGCUGUAUGAUUCUUCUGAUGCCAAAGAAUUAAUGAAUUGUUUUAUUUACAAUUAAAUGGAUAUACUUUGGAAAGAGUUUAUGAUAUGAAUUGGCAAUGAUCGUAAAGGAAUACUGGUAUUGAUUAAAUGAGAUGGUGUAAAAAUAUGUAAUUUUAAAGCUGUUGCUAAAUAAUCCACAUACUGUAUCUUAUUACCCCAACUACCAAGAUCUGUAAACAGUGUUAAACAGUAGGAUACAUAUCUUAUUUUCUUAUGUUCUUUCUUUUUUUUUUUUUAAACCCUUUUUUUUAAGCUGGCAACUCACAUGAAAGGAGUUGGGGAUUUCUAGGUUUUGUUUUAUAUGGGUAAGAAAAUACAGUUCUGUUGAAAGAGUACAGCUGUGGAUUCCAUUUGCAGUUCUGAUUUGAACAUGAAAGGAAAAAUAAUAAAAUUGUAUGUUAAUAAAUUCAGAGAUGAGCUGGUCUACAUUAUCAGAAUCUUUUUUGUAACCAUAAAAAAAGCAACACAUAGCCCCAGUCAGGUUGCUGAAAACCUUAUCUCAGUGUAAAGCCUGGUGGAUUCAGCUGUUUUAGCUGCAAGUAGGAUAUACCACAUAUCUACACUUUUGGUGAUAUGAUGAUGUAUAGUUACUUAUCACUGCUAAAAAAAAAAAAAAAAAAAAAAAAAAAAAGAAAACAGAGCAUAGGAUUUUACCAAAAUUAAAUGAUGUCAAAGGCAGGAUAUGUUUUUAACUGUAUCUAAGGAGGAAUUUUUCUAAUUAUGCACUUACAUAUUCUUUAUAAAGAUAUUUGGGGGAAAAUAUGAUUGUCCUAUUUUAAUUAUGCUAAAAAUACCUUUGUGUAGGUUUUUAGAGACAAGCUACAUUACGAAGUUAUUCAAAACUGCCUCUGAGUUUUUCCUCUGCUUCUCAGGUAAAAUAUGUAGCGGGAUCUCUACUGGUGGAUUUCAGUGCUGAGUUUAGCAGCUAAGAACAAAUUUCCUACCUGGAGCACUCUCUAGCAGUGAUCAAUGAUUGCAGCAGUUUGAUUUUUUGGGAAGCUCCUCCCAUUCUACUUUGUAUACAGGCCCCUUGCACUGCAGUACCUCAGGUGAGCAGUCAGUUCAGUAGCUGACACUGUAUGUUCUGCCACUCACUGGGAAACCAGAGUUCCCUUUGCUCCCCAGACUCCAGCUGAAUGUACAGACUGUUUGGUGUUCAGGUCAACCUUCACCAUCCUUUCUACUGAAAGUUCAUUGCUUAUCUGAUGUGAUGGAGGACUUGAAGUGGGAGUUGCAGUGGAACUGCUUCACAUGCUUCUCAGCUAUGAUAUUUUUUAAAAAUCAGGAUGUUGUAGAUGGCACUUGUUCUCAAAUUAUUAGUGCUUUUCACUGAUUGAUGAAAUUAUUAUGAAUACUUUUAUUGCCUGGUGUUAUGGGGAACUUUUUUUUAAUGUUAUAUAGAGUGUCUGGAAGGUGAGGUGUCACAUGGUUUUCUGUGCACAAACUGGUAGCUCUAGAGGAAUAUUUGCUCCUGGGGCAGUACCUUUGCACUACUGCUUGAGCCAAGCGUCUUUGUACAGUAGGUUCUUUUUGCUUCUCUUGUGAGAUACCCUGAAGACUAUCUGACUAGUUUGGGAUAAAUUCUCACAGUUUCAAACUACAAAUCCAAUUAGUGUAAGAAAAUAUACAGUUCCUUUUCAGCCUAGUGUUGAUUUUUUUUUUAAUUUUUUUUUCCCCAAAACUUGUCUUCAAAGAACACGGGGGGUUUGCCCAUAACUCUAAACAUAGGAAUACAACUGAAGCCUAAUGAAAUGUGUGCUGUCAACUAAUUUUCUCCCUGAACUGUUCAGGGUUUUUAUUGACAAACUAAAGGGUUUCAUGGUACUUCAGGAAAAAAAAAAAAAAGCAUGCAACAGGAUUCUGUCUCCCUGUCUUAUCAGCAAGAGAUACAAAGAAUUAUAUCCUGUUUUGGGCAAGGUCAGCAUCAGCCUUGUACUGAAGCAUAACUUUUUUUUUUAAACGGAACUAUUAAAUUUAAGCACAAAUAAAUGUGCUUAAUGUACAAAGCCAGUUUAAAGGAUUAGAUUCAUAAUGUCUACGUAAAUCAAUAGUGUAUUAGAAUUCAAAUUUUGAAAGUAACAUUUUGCUGGGAUUUACAAGUAGUGGUAUAAUCUUUAUACAUGAAAACUCAAAAGCUCUGAACAGAAUCUUUAUACGGUAGCAGUAAUUAUUAGAGCACAAGUUUUUCAUAUCCAUGGGUUGUUUUUUUUUAUUUUAAAGCUCUGUGAAAGCUGGCUACAGAUUUUCAAGAACCAAAUCUUAUAAAAAAAAAAAAAGGCAAAUCCAAAAUAACAUCAUCUGAUGCUUCUAUUUUACUACUAUUUUUUUCAUAUUUGAAACAUUUAUAUAAUUUAAUGGACAUAUCUGUUAGGGCAAAAGUGUCUUUCAAAGGAAAACUAGUUUAGAAGAUAAUUUAUGUAAAUAUAGGGUGCUCGUAUUUAUGAAGUCUAAAAUAUUUUCUGAAAUUGAUGCUGGUCACUUUGUCUUUUGAUAGUUUUUCAGUCUAUAUUAAAUUGCAGAUAUUUUUAAUGUUUUUAUUAUUGAUCUAAUUUUCAGAGGUGUCACAUGUUUAUCUAGAAGUGUAGAAGAGUAGCACCUUUUUCAGAAAUGCACUUGCCUUAUUUUCUAAUUUUAAAAAAAAUGAAAUAUAUCAGUUAAAUUAUAUUUGUAUUCAAAGUAAUCCCAGAAAGAAAAUCGCUGGAGGGUUCAUACAUAAAUUUCUUGCUAAUUAUGUUUCACUAUAUGUCCUCUGAGACAUUACGUUAACAAUAUAUCAGCACAUCUGUUUGCAUUCACAUUUUACCAGUUACAAGUACUGAAGAGAGGUUUUUUUUAAUGAUGUUACACUGUUUACAUUUCUUAGUUUAUUUAAGAGGAAGAUAAUUUUACCUUUGCAAUGAAUUGAACUAAAUUUGCAAAUGUCAUGGGAAUGAAAUGUUUAAAUCAUAUACAAAUAUACAUCUCUGUUGCUUAACUACUGGCUGUACAGAUCAGAAAUGUAAAGACACUAUAGACUUUUUUUGCUCAAGUUUUAUGCAGUUUACUGAGAAAAAAAAAGUGCAACACGGUUUGUCAUGUAUGUUUGUUUGUGAUUCAACAAAUAGCCUUUCCCAGCACACAAGUGAUGUUUGGUUUGAGUGUUAAUGAUAUUAUGAGCUGAUGCUAAAGCCAAAACAAAAUUGGUGCCUCAGAGGGCACUGAGAAAGAGCUCCAGGAAGUAUUCCCAGAAAUACUGUUACAUCAUUUGUUCUGGUUUUAGCUGACCAUGGUCAAUAUGAAAAAUAUUAUCUAAAAUUAUCUGUUCUUCUUGAAAAUUCAGAUACAAAUGGAAACAUUCCCAUAGUUCCCUUGUGUGAUAUGCAAAUAGUCACGAAUAUCUGUAUAUUUUUGCAUUUUUGUGUGUGGUAUAUGUACUACCUCAGACAAAUGCUGUAAAAAACUUAAUAUUUUCAUGGUUUCUAUCCAAGCCACAAUUCAUUAGUAACCUACUUUAAAUUCAUCCCACAACACACAAACAGUUUGCAAAACUCUGAGAAUCUGGCUGAGUUUUAGGUUUGGCUGGAAAUCCUCCUAUAGCUCUUGUUCAAGAAACUUCACAACUUUCAGCUUUUCCAUCCCUCAGGCAAAUCCUGCUUUGAUGGGUGAAUUUAGUACUUCCUAUACUGAGAAUGACAUAGCUAGUAAAUAUUUAAAGCUGGUAAUAGUUAUGUGGGAGCAAACUUACCUAUGUAUGUAAAUUGCUUCUUUUCCAUUAAACAAAGGCUUGGCUGAGUUCUACUUUACUGUUUGCCUUCAAAUUGCUGUGAGGUCAGGCAUAACAAGUGCUAAGUGAUACAGCAACUUAAAGCCCACCUCUGAUGUGCCAUACCGUAUUUGCAAGUUACUCAUUUUUAAAUAAGUAUUGUUAGAAAACCUCAACAGCUCUUCUGCAGUGUCUCCACACAUGCCCACGCAUGCACACAAAAUGUAAAUAAUAAAAAAUAAUAAAAAAAAAUCAAAGCAGAUAAAGCCAAAUCCCUUAGCUUCAGGUGUCUCUGUUUCAGAUCACAUAUUGCUGCUUUUUGUGCUCAAGGAAGGGAGUUGUGUAAGCCUGUGAAUUCUGCAGUCCUGCAAGCUGUCGCUCGGCACCCACUGAUGUCAUUAGGAGAAUGGUAAAGGAGAAAGAUUUGUUCUUGUAGUGCUUCUUUUAGCACUGUUUGAGGUGAUACAUAUGCCACAGAAUGUGAACAAUAACCUAUUACAGCUCAGGCAGUCUGCUAUCAUGCACCAUUUGAUUUCCCUUUUGGAAGUCACAUGACUCCUGAUGCCAAAAACAAACAAACAAAAAAAAAGAUUAAAAAAAAGGUGACAAAACUCAUGCAUUUCUAUUUUUUAAACAGCUCUGUGUUUGUAUGUAAUGUUUAAAAUAGGAAUUUGAUGAAAUCACAGCCUGGCCAUUGUUAAUCCAUGUAUUCUGAAAACUGUAAUAAAGAUAUACAUAACAUGA